UUUGUCACUCCGACAUUUUAAAUUUAUAAUUUUUUGCACUAAAUAUUUUCAUAAAUUAUUUGGCGUACUCAGCAAUUCCAUACAUAAAAUGGAAGGUGAAUCACCGGCUUUAAAAGCAAAUCUAACAGAGUGGAGAUUUAAUCAAUAUCCAAAAUAUAUUUUACUUCCGAUAGACGAAAAUCAUGAACAAAAUCGUUCAAGCUUGAAAAACAUAAUCUUUUCUGAGGUAAUCCCGCGCCCGCUAGAACGUAAUAUUCGUUUAGUGUGUGCUUCUGAAGAUGCUCUUACAAAUAUUUUAGAUAUGGACCCAGAUAUAACGAACAGGGAAGAAUUUCUAGAAUUCAUAAUUGGACGGAAAUUACCGUAUGGUGCACUGCCUGUUGCUCAUAGAUAUGGAGGACAUCAGUACGGCUUAUGGGUCGGUCAGUUGGGAGAUGGUAGGGCACAUAUUUUAGGAGAAUACGUGAAUAGAAAAGGCGAGCGCUGGCAGAUACAACUAAAAGGUUCAGGUCAGACUCCAUAUGCUAGGACACACGACGGCCGGUCUGUGCUACGCUCAAGUAUCCGCGAAAUGGUAGCGAGUGAGGCUUGUUACCACCUCGGGAUUCCUACAACAAGGGCCGCUGCUUUGGUUGUGAGCGACGAUUUCGUGCUUCGCGACAUGUACUACACUGGCUGUCCGCGGCGCGAGCGGGCCGCCAUCUUGCUGCGUCUGUCACCCAGCUGGUUCCGGUUCGGCUCUAUGGAAAUACUCGCCAAGACCGGUGAAAUAUCCGUGCUGAGGCAAUUUGCCGAAUUUACUAUAAAGGAAUACUUUCCAGAUAUUCAUGGAACUGACGAAAAUAGGUUUAUUCGGCUAUUUUCUGAAGUUGCACAUAGGUCUUUGGAUUUAGUAGCUAAGUGGCAAGGUAUGGGCUUCGCGCAUGGUCUCUUGAAUACAGACAAUAUGAGUCUUCUUGGUCUAACGCUGGAUUACGGUCCCUUUGGUUUCGUCGACUCGUAUGAUGGUGGGUUUGUGCCUAAUUGCUGUGACGGAGAAGGAAGAUAUGCUCUCGCUAAACAACCUGAUAUCGUGGUUUGGAACAUUGGACAAUUCGCAAAUGCUUUAAAACCUCUCUUAACAACUUCACAACAAGUUCAUUUGUCACAUAUAUUGAAAACUCUAGACUCUUACUGCAAGAACAAAAUCUUAGAAACAUUCUUAAUGAAAAUCGGUUUGAAAGAAGAACGUUGGGGCGACGAGCAGUUGGUGGAGAAACUUCUAGAUAUGAUGCAGCAGACGGGAGCUGACUUUACGUCAACUUUUCGACAACUUUCUGAGUUGGAACCGAGUGAAAUGGUGAGUGAAACGAAGCUGGAAGAGAAAUGGUCAUUGAAACGAUUGUCAAUGCACUCUUCCUGGGGUUGCUGGCUGGAUCAGUAUCGAGAGCGGCUCGACAAAGAGGCCGUAGACGCAAGCUCUUUAGGUAUGUUCGAGGAUGAGCGACGUCGUCGUAUGUUGAGCGUCAACCCAGUUUACGUGCCCCGCAACUGGUUGAUACACGAAGCUAUUUUGGACGCCGAAAUGGAUAACUUUGACAAAGUGAGAUAUCUCCUCGAAGUGAUGCGUCGUCCAUACGAAGUGCAGGCGGAGGCGGAAAGACGCGGUUUCUCUGCUCAGCCGCCGCAGUGGGCUUACGCUUUGAAAAUCAGCUGUUCCAGCUGACGUUCUAAUGCACAGAUUAGUUAUGUUGGUGAAAUUAUUUAUCAAUAAAAAAUACGCAUUUUGUCUAUACA